UGUUGAUUAAGUCACUUUAGAAUGUGCUAAAAGGUAGUCUCACAUUUUGAAGUUAAAAUGAAAUGUAUUUGUGUGUGUGUGUUUUUUAGGAGAUCAUGAAUCAGGCAGAUAAAAAUCAAGAAAUUCCAUCAUACCUUAGUGAUGAGCCACCAGAAGGUUCAGUGAAAGAUCACCCACAGCAGCAACCAGGCAUGUUGUCCCGUGUGACUGGGGGUCUCUUCAGUGUUACAAAGGGAGCUGUUGGUGCCACUAUUGGUGGUGUGGCUUGGAUUGGUGGAAAGAGUCUGGAGGUGACCAAAACAGCUGUUACAACUGUGCCUUCCAUGGGAAUAGGGCUGGUAAAAGGGGGCGUAUCUGCUGUGGCUGGAGGUGUUACCGCUGUUGGGUCUGCUGUUGUAAACAAAGUGCCCUUAACAGGAAAGAAGAAAGACAAAUCUGACUAAAAUAUGGAGAUACACUUGCUCUCCAGAGCAUUAUGAUGCCAGUGGCAUUGAAUCGCUAAAUUAUGGACGACAGCCAAAUCACCUGUUUUGGACGUUUAUCUUCUAAACUGCUGUGUUGGAAGUAUUGAUGACUGGCUUUCAUCUAAAAAGAAGAGACCAAUACGAGCACAGUGAAUGAAGGUUUCUUAUACUUAAGUUCCAGCUUUUUAUCUGGUAAAAUGUUACACUUAAUCAGUUGUAACUGAAUAUGAUAUGUUUGAAUAUUUACUAUAAUGAGUCUUUCAGUUUGACUAAAAAUGUGAAAGUUGAAUUUAGUAGAUGAUCCUGACAGUUCCAUAUGUAUAGUGUGCCAGGUAACUCAUGUGCCCCUUAAGAAGGGAAGCUUGAACUACAUAAACUGUACCUUUGAUGUGCCUAAUAGUUUCAGAUGUCUUAGUUUUUUAUAGCCAUAGUUUAUUAGGCCAGGAGGCAUUCUUUUCUUAUUUAAGCUGGCAAGACUAGCAGGAGUUAGAGAAGUUUAAGAGAAAAGAUAAAUCAUUUUAUGAUACUGAGUGUUAACCAUCUUUUGUUAGAUUUGCAUUCUGUUAAUUUAAUCAUUGAUGCCUUACAAAAGAAAGCAUCUUUUCUAGUACCCUAGAUAUGUGUACUUCUUGUAAUUAUCUAUGGAUUCUUUUAAAGGUUGUUUGUUUUUCCUCUUUAGAAUCUCAGGAGUAGUGGGGUAAAGACAUUUCUUGCUGUCAGUGGAUAAGAUCGUGCGUGUUAACUGUCUUGUCAGUAGUAAAAAUCACAUUGUCCGCUUCUCAACCUGAAUUUAUGCACCACCAUUAAUAUACCUCACAGCGCCUAAGGAACAUGUAUUUACUUGUCAGAAGCUAUUUCGGAAGAGUUUCAUAUUAAGGAGGAGCAAAUAAUUUUAAAUUCUUAAAAAUUAACUAAAGCAUCCAAGAUAUUUUUAAAAACCCUUCAUACCUGUUCUGUCUCUAACAUGUCUUAAAUUAUUAGCAGUACCCCCCUUUUAAAACCACAGUAAAAGCAACCAUGGAUAUGUGAUGACUGACUU